AUGUUGCUCCCAAAACAACUUGUGACGCCAAAGUCUUGCGUCCAUCCUUUGUAUCCCAAAAUCGUCAUCUCACGGUCUAACGAAGAGGCUAUUGAUGACUUAAUGGCCUUUAGCAUUCAGAGUGUUGCUUCUGUUUCUAGCAUGGCUGAUUGUUUGCGUGCCAGAGCAAAUGAGAUUCAGAAGUUGAACACUGAAAAUUCGUCUAUUCAGAGAAUGCUUCAUGAGUCUUAA